CACAUUUAUAUCAGCAGAGCCGAUUCAUGGACAGACGGUUCGAUUAAAGGUUCGAUUAAAGGUUUGAUUACAGGUUUGAUCAAAGGAUGCUCUCAUUGGACUCCUGUAGUUUCCGAACAGUUUUUCAGAGUAAAACUCCGCGUGGUAUCAGCUGGUUCUGUUUGAGCGACUGUUUUAGGAUGGACAAAAGUUGUUUCCAAAUUUGAAGUUCAGGCGAGUUUAUUUGAACAUUUCAAGUACAAAUUCAAUUUAAAGUGUUUUACGUGAAACAUUAAAAUAAAGCUUUUACUUGAAAUGGUUAAAAGAGUGAUCAAUAAAGUAGAAUGAAUGAACUGAAUUUAAAGUGAGUCCAAAAGAAUCAAACUCGAACAGGUGAGUCAAAUAAACGGUUUCAGCUGAUCUGAGGUUUUCUGAUGCCAGAUCUGUGCAGCAUAGAAGCUGAAUACAGUUUCUCCAUGUUUGGUUUGGACUCUUAAGAACUGAUAACAGACCAGAUCCUGAUGGGUUGGGAGGUCCGGCUGGUUCAUACUGGGUCAGGAGGUCAAUGCCACCAAAAUAAAAUGUCUUUAUGAUUCAAAGAUUUGUUUAUCAGUAAACAUAUUAAUUUUUUCUUCAUAAUUAUUAGUCUUGAUUCAACCUGAACUUUGCCAGCGACGUUUCUUUACUUUCGUUGAAUCGAGACUUUUAAUGUUUAUUCGUGUAAAAACCUAUAAACGUUCAUCUUUAAACAUUUCUUUAGAAAAUAAUAAAAAAAUGCCAUGCAUAUUUUCAAAUAUCUAUAAACUGUUUAUUCACUCGUCCACAUAGUUGCAUUCUCAUUGACAGAAUUCAUGUGAUCCCACUUUGUUGUAGUCGCUUUUAUUUUGAAGGCCAGACCUGAGCACAGCAUUUCUCAUCACUUCCGGGUAAAGUAGCGUGGAGCUAAUCCGGAAGUAAGAACGAACGUGCUGCUCACAAACCUGUAAUGUCGUUAUUCUAACGCAGAAAGUGAACCACGGCGGAGAUCAUGGUCUCCACAGACUUCUCAGCAGUGAUCCAGAGGUUCUACCAUCUCCAGUCGGAGAGGAUGGAGACGUACCGCCUCUUUGAGGAGGGACACGAGGCCUACCUGAGGACGGGGCCCCACUACGACUUUGAGCACUACAAGCAGCUGGUCCAUGAGAUCACUCAGGCCUUCAGCGGCAUUUCCAGGGAGGUUCUGCAGAUCAAGGAGCGGCUGCAGCAGCAGUUUGACCGAGCAGAUCUUUCUGAGCACAUCGAGAAGCUGCAGAGCUCCGAGAAGGAGAAGCUCCAGCUGACAGCAGAGCUGCAGCUGCUCAGGCAGCGCGCCCAAGACCAGCCGGAGGACGGCGACUGUCAGGAGCAGAUCCAGCAGCUCAAACACAGGAUCAUCAAGAACAGAGAAGCUCUGAGCGAGAUCAUGCAGGACUUCAAGUACGAUUCAGAGGAGAGCGGCUGAGCGACUGAAGCUCCUCCCCCUACCUGCUAAUCUUCAGAGCUCCUCCCACCCAAACCUGUUUACCUUCUCAUGUGUACAGUUUGUAACUUUAAGAUUUGUUUACUUUAUUUUAAAAUAAAAUCUUUACCUACA